CGGUCGGUGUGACAGUUCCGGUAGCAAAUACAAACAUGAGUCUGUUCUUGUGGAUCUUUCCUGUAUUGUGUUUCAUACUAAUGUCUCCUGCAAACGCCGCAAUGCAAGACGAGACUGACACAGAGUGACAGGCUUGUACUGUGUUAAAGGCAGAUGACGUAACGCUACAGACCUCUGGGAACUGGUCUUGGUGGCCCUCUUGGAGACCAACAUCCAUGUCGUUAUUGAAAAGUGCCGAAGCUAAAAUUCUUGCCUGUCUCCAGAAUGACGUGUGGUCCAGAUUUGUGACGUUGCCAAAUCAAAACAGAAUAUGGACCCUUAAAGUCACCAAUAAAUCAGUCCGCAAACAUAAAGACCAAGCUCAGACGCCCCUAGUGAUGGUCCACGGGUUUGGAGGGGGCGUCGGUCUGUGGAUCCGUAACCUGGACGCUUUGAGUUGCUCUCGAACCGUCUACGCCUUUGACCUGCUGGGCUUCGGUCGCAGCUCUCGCCCCUCGUUCCCGUCUGAUGCCUCAUUAGCUGAGGAGCAGUUUAUUACUUCCAUUGAGCAGUGGAGACAGUCACUGGGGCUGGAGCGCAUGAUCCUAUUGGGCCACAGCCUGGGUGGUUACCUAGCAACAUCCUAUACAAUCCAAUAUCCAGAAAGAGUCAGUCACCUCAUCCUGGUGGACGCGUGGGGUUUCCCUGAGCGACCUCAGCCUCAGUUACAGGGGUCAGGAGGUCAAGGCUCAGAGGUUAAGAGGGUCUCGCCGCCCCGCUGGGUGAAAGCUCUGGUGUCACUGUUCAGCUUCUUCAACCCUCUGGCCAUCAUCAGAGCGGCCGGACCCUGGGGUCCAGGGCUGGUAAACCGAUUCCGUCCCGACUUCAAGAGGAAGUUUGAGGAUCUGUUUGAUGAUGACACCAUGACGCAGUACAUUUACCACUGUAAUGCUCAGAACCCGAGUGGUGAGGUGGGCUUCAAAGCCAUGUCUGAGUCUCUCGGCUGGGCCAAGAAGCCGAUGGUUCAGCGUGUUCAUCUGCUGCCCCCGUCGAUGCCCGUCAGCAUGCUGUACGGCGCGCUGUCCUGGGUGGAAUCAUCCACUGGAAACACAGUCGCUCAGAUCAGAGGCAAAAGCCCCACCAGCGUCAUGCUGAUCGAAGAGGCUUCCCAUCACGUCUACGCCGACCAGCCUGAAGAGUUCAACCGAGUGGUUGAGAGUAUUUGUAAUACUGUAGACUAAAUAAGAUGCACAUUGGUUUGUAGGUGUGGGCAUUUGUAUUAAUGAACCUGGGUUUGUGGGAUCAGAUUGAUAUAAACAUUUAAAGGCAAAGCUGUUUUCAGACCUUGUCAUGUCAUAUUCUGAUUUUACAUUUUGUGGCCUUUAAUGUGGAAAGACUCUGUGUUUGUACUGCAUGAUUUAAUGGAAGCUGGUUGUAUUUGUAUUUUCUAACCUAUAAUUUAUUCCGAUUUCUUUACAAUCAUAGAAUGAGAAAAUCAUCGUACCUGUUAAACCUGUGUAAUGAAUGCACUGACAAUGUUUGGACAGUCAUAUUGACUAAAAGAAGAGAUGUUUAAUAAUUCAUUUAGCAUUAUAAAGGAUUGUCUGUUUUUAUAACGUGCAUAUCUUAAUACAUUGCUGUACCUUUAAUAAGAUGUCUGCAUAGACUUAUAUACUAUAUAUACUUCUGCAGUGGUUAUUUUUUUUUACGUAUAUAUGUAUAAACUCAUACAUAUUUUUAUGUAUAGUUUAUGUAUAUAUACACACAUCUCCCCAGUUCCCUCGUCACACAAGUUUGUGACUCUUAAAGGGUUAGUUCAACCAAAAAUUCAAAUUCUGUCAUUAAUUUCUCACCCUGUUGCUUUUCCAAACCUGUAAGACCUUCAUUCUACUAUCCCUUUUAAUGUUGUUUAUUAUGACAAUCUUUAAAAAUGAACACAACUUUUGUGACUAGUGAGUAGAAGAGUUACCUGUUCAGCGACAACUUCUUGAGUCAUACUACAGCUCAUUAAAGCACUUGUUAGCAUAAAGGGUUAAAAUAAAUCAAGAGUGGUGCAUUACUGGUGUAGAUUAGAAUAAACCUGAAAAUAUCCUGAGCUUGUCUUAACAGACCCUAGUGCUGAAAUGCUAAAUAAUUUCUGUUUGGGACCAAUAAAUUACGUUAUCUAUGCAGAA